UAUAUAGUUUUUGUAUUUAAUUUUGCAGGGGUUCCUCCUCUAGUGUCUCGGCGUGUUCUUGAGACAUUGACAUACUUGGCUCGAAAUCAUAUGUACGUAGCAAAAAUUCUGCUUCAGUCCAGGCUUUCACUGCCUUCCUUGCAAGGUUCGGCACCCUCAGACAAAGCACAUGGAAAAGCUGUUGUAGUAAGUGAUGAUUAUAUGGGCAGAAAGGAGCACGAACCCGAAUCUAUAGCUUUUGCGUUGCUUCUCAGUCUCCUGAACCAGCCUCUUUAUUUGAGAAGUGUGGCUCAUCUCGAACAGCUGUUAAACUUACUGGAGGUCAUCAUUGACAAUGCUGAAAGAAAGUCUGAUACAGCAGACAGAUCAGAUGGGUCUGCCAGUCAGCAACAAUCAACACCUCAAGGUUUAGAAGUUGAAAACAAUUCAGAAAAUCAUGAUAUUAUAUCUGGUUCUACUGAUACAAUAACGAAGCCAAUAGAUUCAUCUGCAAGUUCCUCCACCAGAGCAGAGAGUGAAUGUGAUGUUCAGAGUGUGUUGCUGAAUCUUCCCAAAGCCGAGCUGUGUCUGCUUUGUUCCUUACUUGCACGUGACGGUUUGUCAGAUAACGCAUACACCCUUGUGGCGGAGGUGCUGAAAAAACUUGUGGCAAUUGCUCCGAGCCAUUGUCAUUUGUUUAUAACUGAGCUUGCAAAUGCAAUACAAAACCUGACGAGAACAGCGAUGAGUGAACUUCACAUGUUCGGUGAAGCAGUUAAAGCGCUGCUAAGUACCACUUCGUCCGAUGGAUCUGCAAUUUUGAGGGUUUUGCAGGCAUUAAGCUCCCUCAUUGGUUCGUUAAUCACAAAAGGGAAAAACCAGCCACAGAAUUCAGAAGAGCAUCUCGCUGUGCUUUCUCAGCUGUCGAACAUCAAUUCAGCUUUGGAACCUCUGUGGCUGGAGUUAAGCAAUUGCAUAUGCAAAAUUGAGGUGCAUUCUGAGUCUUCGACUAUUACUAUAUCUCCGUCGUUGAGCUCAACAACAAGGGUAGCUGGAGUAAGCCAGUCACUUCCUGCUGGUGCCCAGAACAUCUUGCCUUAUAUAGAGUCAUUUUUUGUUACUUCUGAGAAGUUGCAUCCAUCACAGUCAGGUUCAGGUCAUGAUUUUGGGGUCCCCAUGGCUUCUGAAGUUGAGGAACAGCCGAAGGGUCCAGGACCUAGCUCCAAGGUGGAUGAGAAGUAUGCGUCUUUUAUCAGGUUUUCUGAAAGGCACAGGAAGCUUCUUAAUGCUUUUAUCAGACAAAAUCCUGCUCUGCUUGAGAAGUCCUUUUCACUCAUGCUGAAGGUCCCACGUUUUAUUGAAUUUGAUAACAAACGUGCAUACUUCAGAUCAAAGAUAAAGCACCAGCAUGAUCAUCACCAUAGCCCUUUGAGAAUCUCUGUGAGAAGAGCAUACAUUCUUGAAGAUUCAUACAACCAAUUGCGCAUGAGGACAACUCAAGAACUGAAAGGUAGAUUGACUGUUCAUUUCCAAGGAGAAGAAGGUAUUGAUGCGGGUGGGCUUACCAGGGAAUGGUAUCAGUUGUUGUCAAGGGUUAUUUUUGACAAAGGAGCUCUUUUGUUCACAACCGUUGGCAAUGACUCAACCUUCCAACCAAAUCCAAACUCUGUUUACCAGACAGAACACCUCUCCUACUUCAAAUUUGUUGGUCGUGUUGUUGGAAAAGCUCUAUUUGAUGGGCAACUCCUUGAUGUCCAUUUCACUCGUUCCUUUUACAAGCAUAUCUUGGGAGUUAAGGUUACAUACCACGAUAUUGAAGCCAUAGAUCCCGAUUACUAUAAAAACCUGAAAUGGAUGCUGGAGCAUGAUAUUAGCGAUGUCUUAGAUCUCACUUUUAGCAUUGACGCUGACGAGGAGAAGCUGAUACUAUAUGAAAAAACGGAGGUUACUGACCAUGAAUUAAUCCCUGGAGGUCGGAACAUUAAAGUUACUGAGGAGAAUAAGCAUCAAUAUGUUGACUUAGUUGCCGAGCAUCGAUUAACCACCGCCAUCCGUCCUCAGAUAAAUGCAUUCCUAGAAGGGUUUAGUGAACUUAUCCUAAGAGAUCUAAUAUCCAUUUUCAAUGACAAGGAAUUGGAGUUAUUAAUUAGUGGUCUUCCUGAUAUCGACUUGGAUGACCUGAGGGUGAAUACAGAAUAUUCUGGGUACAGUCCUGGAUCCCCCGUUAUUCAGUGGUUCUGGGAGGUUGUUCAGGGAUUGAGCAAAGAAGACAAAGCCCGUCUACUGCAGUUUGUAACUGGAACCUCCAAGGUUCCUCUGGAAGGAUUUAGUGCCCUACAAGGAAUCUCAGGCGCACAGAAGUUUCAAAUCCACAAGGCAUAUGGAAGUGCAAAUCACUUGCCGUCUGCGCAUACCUGUUUCAAUCAGUUAGAUCUACCAGAGUACCCGUCUAAGGAACAUCUGCAGGAGAGGCUACUGCUUGCGAUCCAUGAAGCUAGCGAAGGAUUCGGCUUUGGUUAAAAAAAAAGAGUUCCCCAAGAUUUUUCGACUUACUUUUUUCUUCCUUUAUUUUUGUUUUUAUUUUACAUAUAUCUUUUGGUAAUGACUUUGUGAAUGAGUAGUAGUAUUUCUACAAUACAGUGCUCUUUUAUAUUAUGGGCAAAGAAUGAUUCUCCAACCCCUUCAUUGUUGUGACUCUCUCUCACUAUCUCAUGUAAAGUUUACUCAAACGAGGUCGUAUCGUUUAGAAAGAGUAUUCUU